AUGUAUGAGGACUUCAGCGAGUCCACUGGGGACUAUUACUUCCUCUGUGACACAGAGGGGCCAUGGGGCAUUGUGCUGGAGUGCCUGGCAAUAAUCGGCAUAGUGGUUACAAUUAUUCUGCUCUUGGCAUUUCUCUUCCUCAUGCGAAAGGUUCAAGACUGUUGCCGGUGGAAUGUUCUCCCCACCCAGGUCCUCUUCCUCCUGGGUGUGCUGGGGCUCUUUAGCCUUGCUUUUGCCUUCAUCUUCCAGUUCAAUCAGCAGACUGCCCCUGUACGCUACUUUUUCUUUGGGGUGCUCUUUGCUCUCUGUUUCUCAUGCCUCUUGGCUCAUGCCUCCAACCUGGUGAAGCUAGUCCGCGGUGGAGUCUCCUUCUCUUGGACGACAAUUUUGUGCAUUGCUAUUGGUUGUAGCCUGUUGCAGACGAUCAUUGCCAUUGAGUAUGUGACUCUCAUAAUGACCAGAUGUAUGAUGUUUGUACAUAUGGCACCCUGUCAGCUCAAUGUGGACUUUGUGGUACUCCUGGUCUAUGUCCUUCUCCUGAUGGCCAUCACCUUCUUCGUCUCCAAAGCCACCUUUUGUGGCCCAUGUGAGAACUGGAAGCAGCAUGGAAAGUUCAUCUUCGUCACUAUGCUCAUCUCCAUCAUUAUCUGGGUGGUGUGGAUCUCCAUGCUCAUGAGAGGCAACCCACAGCUCCAGCGGCAGCCCCAGUGGGAUGACCCUGUCGUCUGCAUUGCCCUGGUCACCAACGCAUGGGUUUUCCUGCUGCUGUACAUCAUACCUGAGCUCUGCAUUCUCUACAGAUCGUGUAAACAGGAUUGCUCCUUACAGGGCAACGCCUGCUCGGCCCCAGUCUACCAAUGCAGCUUCAGAGCGGAGAACCAGGAACUCUCAAGAGCCCGAGACAGUGAUGGAGCUGAGGAGGAUGUAGCAUUAACAUCAUAUUCAGCUACAGACUGUUGAUCUCACACAAGAGUAUUUCAUCCCACGGCUAAACUCUGAUGCAGAAUUAUAAAGUCCACAGGAACCACAAGUAGUGAAAACCCAGAAGACCAUCCUAAUGUAGCCCUGGUGGGCCCCUGGGGAGCCCACAGAAUCACACUGCCAACGAAAUAUCGCCUCAUCCUUCCUGCUCUGCUUCCCGGUCCCCUCCAUCCAUCUGGACCUUCAUCAGAAGACUGCCUG